CUCUGGGUCUCGCCUCACAGUGACAAUGAACGUCUUGGUUUCAACUGCUGUAGUUUGCCUGAUUGUGCACGUCACUGCGGACCUUGGCGGUAGCAGCUUACUUGGUUACAUAAAGGUGUACAGUCCUGGUACUGGAUUCCCAAAAUACAUGGGAUGUUACCUUGAUGACGUAAACAGGAUGCUCGGUGCUGAUUGGCAUCAUGGGUACACAAUGACCCCUGGGUUGUGUUUCAAGCUGUGCUCCAGAGGUGGUCACAAGUAUGCUGGGUUGCAGGGUUACAUAUAUUGCUUCUGUGGAGAUUCCAUCAACAUAAUCAGAUAUCCAAAGAAACCGGAAAGUGACUGCAAUCGACCUUGCAAGGGAAACACAAGUGAGAUCUGUGGCGGGAGAUUGAGAAAUUCCCUUUACAGGUUGUUCUAAAAACCUAAUAAAAUCAUCAGCCGAUCAAACAUUGAGCUUUUUACAAUUCUAUGUCAAAUAUACAUAAUAUUUGAUUUGGAGUCUUGUCUCUUUA